GAAUGAAAAAGCCUCUGGUACCUUCUAGUCUGGCAAAAUGCAGCACAAAACUCAACUUACUCUGUCCUUUCUGCUGUCCCAGGUUCUGCUGCUUGCAUGUGCAGAAGAUUUAAAAUGCGUCCCUGGAUUCCAGCAAAAGGUUUUUUAUAUUGAACAGCCAUUUGAAUUCACAGAGGCCCAGCCAGUCCUGAACCUGGAAUUUGAUGACUGCAAGGGGAAUAACAAAUUGAAAUUUGAAGUUUCUAACUCAGACUUUAAGGUGGAACCCGACGGGUCUUUAGUUGCGCUAAAGAAUGUAUCAGAAGCUGGCAGAGCCUUGUUUGUCCACGCAAGGUCUGAGCAUGCUGAGGAUAUGGCAGAAAUUUUGAUUGUUGGAGCAAAUGAAAAACACGAUGCAUUAAAGGAAAUCUUUAAGAUAGAAGGCAACCUUGGAAUUCCAAGACAAAAAAGGGCUAUUUUGGCAACUCCAAUAUUAAUUCCCGAAAAUCAAAGACCACCAUUCCCCAGAUCUGUUGGCAAGGUCAUCAGCAGUGAAGGGACAGAGGGAGCAAAGUUUCGACUCUCUGGUAAAGGAGUAGAUGAAGACCCAAAAGGAAUUUUUAGAAUCAAUGAGAUCAGUGGGGAUGUCUCCGUGACCCGAACCCUUGAUAGAGAAGCAAUUGCCAAUUAUGAGCUUGAAGUUGAGGUCGUAGAUGUAACUGGGAAAACCAUUGAUGGUCCAGUCCGCCUAGAUAUUUCUGUUAUUGAUCAAAAUGAUAACAGGCCAAUGUUCAAAGAAGGACCCUACGUUGGUCAUGUCAUGGAGGGAUCUCCUACAGGAACGACUGUGAUGCGUAUGACAGCAUUUGAUGCUGAUGACUCUAGCACAGACAAUGCUCUUCUGCGAUAUAACAUCCUCAAACAGACACCUACCAAACCAUCUCCAAAUAUGUUCUAUAUUGACCCAGAAAAGGGAGAUAUCGUUACAGUGGUGUCGCCUGUACUGUUGGAUCGUGAGACUAUGGAAACCCCGAAAUAUGAGCUAGUUAUAGAAGCUAAGGACAUGGGUGGUCUUGAUGUGGGACUAACUGGCACAGCAACUGCCACUAUUCUUAUUGAUGACAAAAAUGACCAUCCACCAGAAUUUACCAAGAAGGAGUUUCAAGCCACAGUAAAGGAGGGAGUCACGGGCGUAAUAGUAAACUUAACCGUUGGUGACCGAGAUGACCCAGCAACUGGAGCAUGGAGAGCUGUCUACACCAUUAUUAAUGGAAAUCCAGGGCAGAGUUUUGAGAUCCAUACCAAUCCCCAGACUAAUGAGGGAAUGCUCUCUGUUGUCAAACCUUUAGACUAUGAGAUUUCGGCAUUUCACACACUGCUGAUCAAAGUAGAAAAUGAAGACCCGCUGAUUCCAGAUAUAGCCUAUGGCCCCAGUUCCACGGCAACAGUUCAGAUCACUGUUGAGGAUGUGAAUGAAGGCCCAGUUUUCCACCCAAACCCAAUGACAGUGACAAAACAAGAAAACAUCCCUAUAGGCAGUGUUGUGUUAACGGUAAAUGCCACUGAUCCAGAUACUUUGCAACAUCAGACUAUCAGGUAUUCGGUUUACAAGGAUCCAGCAGGCUGGCUAGAAAUUAACCCUACCAAUGGUACCAUUGGCACCACUGCUAUCCUGGAUCGGGAAUCUCCUCAUGUUCAGAAUAACAUAUACACAGCUCUCUUUCUGGCAAUAGACAGUGGUAACCCUCCCGCUACAGGUACAGGAACUUUACACAUCACCUUGGAGGAUGUCAAUGACAAUGUCCCGUCCCUUUAUCCAACACUGGCAAAAGUUUGUGACGAUGCAAAAGAUCUCAGGGUAGUGGUACUAGGAGCAUCAGACAAAGACCUUCAUCCCAACACAGAUCCAUUCAAAUUUGAACUGAGUAAGCAAUCUGGCCCAGAAAAAUUGUGGAGAAUCACCAAGCUUAAUAAUACUCAUGCCCAGGUCAUCCUGCUUCAAAACCUGAAAAAGGCUAAUUACAACAUCCCAAUCUCAGUGACAGAUUCCGGAAAACCGCCUCUGACUAACAACACAGAACUGAAAUUACAAGUGUGUUCCUGCAAGAAAUCCAAAAUGGACUGCAGUGCAACUGAUGCCCUUCAUAUCAGCAUGACCCUUAUCCUUCUUUCACUCUUCAGUUUAUUUUGUCUGUAAGAACUCCUGACAUCUGAAGCUGUCCUACCGCGUUGCCAUGGCAACGAGAAAAAAGAAAACGUCAGAUCUGAAGAUUGCAGUUUACAGUUACUGUUCUUCACUACUAGGCCUCAGUUGCUCCAGAUUCAGUUUAAUUUGCAACCUCACUUAAUCUGUCCGACUAUACAUUGGUGUUUGACAACCUCUACCCUAACUUCUGUUUAUUAAUGGAUUCCUCUUGCAAGACGCAAGGUUUAUGCGAAUUUUCUCUGAAUGUUAAAAGACCAUGACAUCUAAACUGGACCUUGGGGGAGCAGAAAACAGAUUGACUCCAUUUUUUUCUAUCUGUUGACUUGUUGCUAUUCAACUGUUCAGAAAAUAUUUUGUCUGUGGGUUAGUAUUUGUAUAUGUAUGAGUGUAUGUAUAUAUAUAUAUUUAUAUAGAGAGAAGAGUUAUAGGACAGGUUUAGCUUUUAUAAAAUAUUCAUCUGGAGCGUGCAAGGGACAAAGCAGAAUCAUACAGCCACAGAUGAAUUGUAACAACUAUUCUACCACGGCUAAACCUACUGUAUUUGCUGUUUAUGGUGUGGCCAGGAGGAGAGAGCCUAUUGCAAUCAUACCCCUACCACGGCCACUUUGUGACACCAAAUAAAGCAGGCCCAGGGCUCUGCAGUGUCACUUCUUGUACCUCAGGUUCAGCAAACAAGAAAUGCAAGUCCCCCUGGCUUGUUUCUGAUCCGAACGCCUUUCCUUAUGCCCCAAAUGGAAUUUACGAUCCAGUGGGACAGAGCGCUUCGCUCCCCAUUUCAGUGGGAGCAGGGCUGGGAGGUUCUGCGAAGCUCUGAUUUGUGAGAAAGUGGGAAGCAGCCAGCUGCGACCGGCGCUGCAUGGGUCACGGUUCACAGCCAUGGGAGUGCUGGGCCUGAUUUUAAGGGGGCUAAAGUCAGCUUCCUUUGUGCUCGCUCCUGCAGACAAUUAUUUGCUGGUGCAGUUUACAAAAUUUAAGUCUUUCAUCAGCUCUGCAGACAGAGUUAAGUAGGGAGGUGUCUGCAUAGGAGAAGCUGAUUAGAACAGCAAAAGCAACACUGAUCUCUCUCUCAGCCUCUAUGCAGCUGUCAUUACAUACGUAAGCGCAAGGAGGAACACAGAUGCCCUAUUCUAUAAAUAUAUUCACACACAUAUAUAUAGUUUUGAAUAUAUAUAUACAUACAUACACAUGUACACACGGUUUCCAGUUAAGAGUAACAAGAGCAUUUCUUUGUGUGUGUAAACUUACCACACUUGUUUGCAGACAUGGGAAAAAAGGGUGUUCGUUAUAUAUGAAUAUGAAUCCUUUUUUAUUCUGUGAGCAUGUAAGGUUAAAAAAACUUCUAACUGUAUCAAGAUGAUCAUCUUGUUAAUAAAUUGUAAAUGAUCCAUCAAAGCUCACACCAAAUUUUUAUAAAAUUAACACAAAAAGUAUACUAGUGACAGACUGUGGCUUUUAUUAGAGCUUGCCAGUAACUAGGGUAAGGUAAGUGUCUUAGAAUAUUUUAAUAAACUUGCUUAUUUAAAGUUUAAACAAGAAAGCUUCCUUAUGCAAUAGAACUUUGCAGCUGCAUUCUUUAGUUAGCAUUUUUACAGUACUUAUGAGUCAUACUGUAUGUUGUCUUUACUACAGUGAGAUUAUGAGCAUAUCUUCCACACCACGUAUAUGUUUCAAUAGUAAAGCUUUUUUGGAAGCAUUAAAAAGUCCAAACAUACAUUUAGUUUUUCCAUAAUGCUACACUAGAUAUUAAAUGUGUGUUGGUGGUUAAAAA